AAACAAAAAAAAUAAAUUCUAAUUAAGAGUUUUAAUUUUAUUAUAAUGUUUUGAAAUGCAACAGACCUUUUUAAGUGUCUCUAAAGUAUUCAAAACCUUGUUUAGGGCCGCUGCAUGCACAUUGUUUUUGCAUACACUCCUCAUCAAGUAGUCAAAGGAUCACAGGGAACCUUUUCCCCUCUGAUAAUCAAAGCCCAUGGGGCCCGUGAUAGAGGGCCAUCGUGACAUGAGCCAUGCUCUCUGUCUGACUUUAUCUGACUUUGCUUUUUAUAGUCAGAGCUUUCAUGUGACUUCUCCUGGUAAACCUAGAGCAUGUGAAAGGCAUACGCAUUUCUUGGAGGAAAUCUGAACACUGUGAUCAGCUCUGCUUUGCGCCGCUGAUGCGUUGGCUUUAUUGCGCGCCAGGGGACUGAAAAAGGAAGUCAUUAUAGACCAGUAAACACUGGACCUUGCACACUAAUAGGCUUAAUGUGGAGGUGGGGCCACUUAGAGAGCUCUAUCAUGGAGUCCUCUCAUUGUAAAUCACACUGCCAUAUUUAGUCUGUUGAAGAGGGAAGUCUUCCUAGUUAUGUAAACAAAGCGAGUUCACGAGGGGAGAUGUUCCAUCGCUAUGAUGGCUGGCUCCAUUAAUGUGCCUGUGAUCUCUGAAGCAAGGCUGGAUUUCUCAGCUCUAGUGAAGGGUAAGAGAUGUAGAUUGUGGUUUUUGUGUUGAGACAGCAGUGUGAGUGAGCGUCCCAUGCCACGACUAGACACUUGUUUUGCCAGUUGUGAAGACACAGGAUCUCUGCUUUCAUGAGCGACAUGAUCUCAGAGAGUUCGGAAGAGGAGAGACCUCAGAGGCCCUCGCAUCUCAAGCUGAAGGGAAACUCUCCCACCAGCUCCCCCAAAAUGUCUCCGCGGGACUCUCCUCGGAGUUCACCCCGCAACUCGCCUCUGCUCUUCCGCAGGCUGAUGAUGAACCGCAGCAUUGCUUUGCAGAGGCGCUUCACUUUGGCUCACACGCCCAGUUUUGAUGUUGAGAAUGGGCUAUCGGUGGGCCGCAGUCCUCUGGAGUCCCAGGCCAGUCCAGGCUCCGGCCUUGUGCUGCAGGCCAAUUUCCCACACAGUCAGCGGCGGGAGUCCUUCUUGUAUCGCUCCGAUUCUGACUUUGACCUUUCACCCAAGGCCAUGUCCCGAAACUCAUCCACGGCCAGCGAGCUACAUGGAGAAGACAUGAUAGUUACACCGUUUGCACAGGUCCUUGCCAGCUUGAGGACUGUGCGGAGCAACUUUGCUGUUUUGACCCAUCAGCAAGACCGUUUCCCGAACAAGAGGUCCACUGGAAGCAACCCACCAUCCAUGUGCAAGACAAGCCUUCCAGAGGAGCCGUUUCAGAAGUUGGCAGUGGAGACUCUGGAUGAGCUGGACUGGUGUCUCGAACAGCUCGAGACUCUCAAGACACGUCACUCAGUCAGUGAGAUGGCAUCCAACAAGUUUAAAAGGAUGCUGAAUCGAGAACUAACCCAGCUGUCAGAGACUAGCAAGUCUGGAAACCAGGUCUCAGAGUUCAUCUCCAGCACCUUCUUGGAGAAGCAACAUGAUAUGGAGAUUAUGUCCCCACCAACCAAGGAGAAGGAGAAGAAAAAGUGGCCCAUGUCUCAGAUCAGUGGAGUGAAGAAACCCUCACACAGCUCCAGUGUCGCAGCUUCCAGCAUCCCACGCUUUGGCAUCAGAACUGACCAGGAAGAUCUGCUGGCCAAGGAGUUAGAGGACUUUGACAAAUGGGGUGUGGAUAUUUUCAAGAUAUCGGAGUAUUCUGGCAACCGACCGCUAACGGUAGCAAUGUACACAAUCUUUCAGGAAAGAGACCUGUUGAAAUCCUUUAAAAUCCCUGUAGACACAUUCAUUACCUACAUGAUGGCAUUGGAGGAGAACUACCACGCUGAUGUAGCAUACCAUAAUAGCAUCCAUGCAGCUGACGUGGUCCAGUCCACCAAUGUCCUGCUGUCCACCCCAGCCCUGGAGGCUGUAUUCACCGACCUUGAGAUCUUGGCCGCAAUGUUUGCUAGUGCAAUACAUGACGUGGACCACCCUGGAGUGUCCAACCAGUUCCUCGUCAACACAAACUCAGAGUUGGCUCUCAUGUACAACGAUUCCUCUGUUCUGGAGAACCACCACCUGGCUGUUGGCUUCAAACUGCUGCAGGAAGAAAACUGUGACAUUUUCCAGAACCUGACCAAGAAACAGAGGCAGUCGCUGCGCAAAAUGGUCAUUGACAUGGUCCUAGCCACUGAUAUGUCAAAGCAUAUGAACCUGUUAGCGGAUCUCAAGACCAUGGUAGAGACCAAGAAGGUGACAAGUCUGGGUGUGCUGCUGUUAGACAACUACUCUGAUCGCAUUCAGGUUCUUCAGAACAUGGUGCAUUGUGCUGACCUGAGCAACCCAACAAAGCCCCUGGAGCUGUACCGUCAAUGGACAAAUCGCAUCAUGGUGGAGUUUUUUACUCAGGGGGACCGAGAGAGAGAUAAGGGUAUAGAGAUCAGCCCCAUGUGUGACAAACACAGUGCUUCCAUUGAGAAAUCACAGGUGGGCUUCAUUGACUACAUCGUGCACCCACUGUGGGAGACCUGGGCGGAUCUGGUUCACCCUGAUGCCCAGGAGAUUCUCGACAUGCUGGAGGACAACCGUGAGUGGUACCAGAGCAUGAUCCCUCACAGUCCCACCUCCACCCCUGAGGACAAGGGCGGUGUGUUUGGGAUGGGAGCCAUGGGUGGAGGCAUCGCCUCAGCAGGGGAGAAAUUCCAGUUCGAACUGACCUUAGAGGAGGAAGGGGAGUCUGACAUUGAGAGUCCAGUGGAUGAAGAGUUCACUUCCACCGCACAGGAUUCAGCUCCCUGCACACAGCAAGCCAACCUGACCACUCACUCCCCCGGCUGCAGGACAAUGUCUUUUAAGAUGGGCGAGCCGCCAGACAGUGAAGAUGAAAAUAGAGAACUUGACCAAGAAGGGAAAAGCGUGUCUUGCCUGCGUCUGGGAACAUAACACUAGUGCACUUUUUCAUUUCGUUCUUUUUUCUUCUUUCAUACCUCUUCCUCGCCACCUACCUAUUCCUCUUCAUCCCAUUCUUAGCUUCCUCGGGCGGAGGCGACGCAGUGCAGGAGAGCAAAGGAGAGGUAGGAAAGCUUCCACAGGAUGUUUUUUAUACAGUAGUCACCUUGCACUGGAGAAAGCUCCUAUUCUACGGACUGUCAAAGCAUGAAGCUUUCUUAAAACGUUCUUGGUCUUGAAAAGACCGGCUUUACUGUCAAGCGUAAAACUGCCUAUGUGUUAUGAACUGAGGGGAAACGUUCUCAAGUGUCUUCCUGUGACAUCCCAGGUUUAAAGUUAGCAAACAAGUGGAGCCAUCCGAACAUAAUAAUUGAUAUACAGGACACUUUUUAUGAGACGUAUGUGCACUAAAAUGUUUUUUUUUUUUUUAAGAUACACUGUUGACAUAAAGCUGGUGUAUUAUUAGCUGAACAAAAACAACCUAACCUUAACACACCAGAACAUCUCAGGAUUCAAAGAAACUUUCAUGUAGCAAACAGCUUGAGGGUACCCACAUAGUGACCACCGUCUUCCUUGGAUCACUAUAAAAUCUCUAGACUGAAGUCGAGCCAUGAUUGUGAUCUUUUGUGUUUGUAUGUGACGCCACCUAGUGCUUAAUAGUGGAACUGGAGCCACUUUUAUAGGAUUUACCACUCCAGCUGAACACAGUGGCUCUGUAUUGUUGUUCCUUUGCACAGAUUAUUAUCAUCAGACCGUUUUAACUUAAAAACCCUUCUCACUUUAAUUUGUAGGAAUGCUGCUUUAAUUUAUGGCAUGCACAUAGUUUACAUAUGCUUCUCGUUUAUUUUUCGAUUCUGCUUCAUCCAAAGCAUGAGCGUAAGCAUUAUUACAUUGUAUGUCACGGUUUUAAAAUGGCUUGUGUCUGAUGUUCUAGGUAGCACUUUAGUAGAUAACUUUGUCAUUGCCAAACGUUGCUCCAUCAGUAAGGGCUGGAGUCAUUAUUAACAUACAGAAGACUAGGAUUCAACCAUGAUCUGCAGGGUAACCAGCAUGUGUACGCACCCUGUAUGUAAGCUGGUCUCUGGAAGGCUGGGCUAGCUUGGAAACCCACAUUUGCUGUAUAGAAAGUGAUCAGGGUCCUUAAACCACAUGUGUACUUUCUCUCUCUUUCUGUGCUGGUCACACUGAAAAAUAGGAGGUGUCUUAACAUCUUUACAAAUGUAUGAUGUCUAAACAAAAGUGAACAGUUUUGUUCUAAAAUGAGAUCUGUGCACUACAAGAUGACACUUAAAGCCAAAGUUAGUUUUCUGUGCGAGACCUUUUGUGUUCUUUGGUUUUUGAUUGAUCAGUGCUCUGCUCUUCACAGGGACAUAGCCAAUGACUGUACAAGUGCCAAGCAAGCAUGAUCCAUGCUGUACUGUAAUUUCCAUUUUGCCACUGGCUAAUUUCCAUCAAUGACAUUUUCUACUGUUAGUAGCGUACCGAUUUGAGCAUUUAGUUUUCUUUUAAUUCUUCAUUCAAAACUGUCGAUUUGUCAAGCUGAAAUUUUGUUUAAGAGUAUUCAUGUUAAAUAACAGGUUUCAAAUCUUUCAGACUCAUUGUAAGUCAGAUUAUUUGUGUCCUUUUUAUACCAUGGUAUGAAUUUUAAUAUUGAAUACAGUGAAUCUAUGUAUGUAAAUGGAUUAGAGUAAACAGGGCUUUUAAUUAGUGGCUAUAUGUUCAUCUUGACGUCUGUCUGUGCUCUUUAUAGCAAUGUUUUGUGUGGUGAAAGAAAUGCUGAGUGGCCAUGCAAAGUUAUGACUGACCGUAUCCACAUGGCACACCUCUGUUUGGUCUUUUUCCGUCGACAAUCCCAACAGUACUGUUUACCACUACAACGCUGUUACUAAUGUUGCUGUGAUUGUUUUCCUGUUUCCAAUGCCAAUAAAC